AGGAGGAGAACGAGAGAGGAGAAAAUCCCAUCCACGCUGCAGAGUCAGGUGCAAGCUCCACAUUUAGAAGAGGGUGGUGCUUUCUGUCUCCUUUUCAUCUCGUUGUACCAUUUUUGAUCUCAGUUUACCUUUAUUUUAUUUUCUUCUCUUUCAUGCCUUUUUUCUGCUUUUUUAUUUACUUGAAUCUCUCAGACCUGAGAUUACAGUUUGUUUGUUUUUGGGAGGAAGUUGCAAGCUUGUUUUUUCGGUCAGUUGUCUUCUUACCUUCCCUCAGGACAGAAGAUGAGUCUUUUGAUUUCUUACUGAUGUCUUCCCCUGUGCAUCAGCUUAUGGACGAAAGCGUCUGAGGAUCUGAGCAGCAGUUUGUUAGAGGGGAAACUUCUUUUUGUGGGGGAAGGAUCUGUUUCGGAUCGUCCUAUCAACUGUGCGUUAACGUACACGUACCUUUCUUGUGGAGCCUGUACUAGAUAAACCUACACCAUCACCCUCCUCUCUCUCUCUCUCUCUCUCUCUCUCUCUCUCUCUCUCUCUCUCUCUCGCUCUUUCUCUGGCUCUUUGAGUGCAUAGUUAUACUGGACUUCCUUGGUGCACGGAUCUUCUCAUUAAAUAUAUACAUCAGGAAUUGCAGUGGUUGUCAGUGAAAGGGUGAGGAGGACCAAGUGGGGAAAGGCAAGAAAGAGCAAAAAAAGAAGAGCAAGAACAAGACUGCUAGAAGCAUCUCAAACCUUGUGAAGUAGCUUCUUCUUCCUCCAAGUGUCAGUUUUAAUAAGCUCUAUUAUAGUGAUAUAAUAAAUUAUACAAAAGAACUGUGAGCCUGAGAGAGGGGAAACAAGAAGGAUUCAGCCGGGUUUCCGUAGCUGAGCUCGAGAAGUUAAAAGAAGCUACGUAAGGAAGCAUUUCCUCACUGCCGGAGAGCCCCUGACUCCUCGCUCAAGAUGAUGAUGUAUUUGUGGGGUAAUCAGGACGCCCCAGCACCCCCAGAAACCAUGGCCCAGCCCUACCCAUCAGCCCAGUUCGCUCCCCCUCAGAACGGCAUUCCUGCUGAGUACACGCCGUCCCACCCUCACCCUCACCCGACUCCGGACUACUCGGGCCAGACCCCCGUGGCAGAGCACACGCUGAACAUGUACACCCCUGCCCAGACGCACAGUGAGCCCAGCGGACCAGACAACAGCCUACAGGUGGUCUCCUGCACAGCCACACAGACAGACGAUUCAGCACAGACAGACAGCCAACAGCAAACACAGUCAUCUGAAAACACAGAAAACAAAUCACAGCCCAAGAGGCUCCACGUCUCCAACAUCCCCUUCAGGUUCAGAGAUCCAGACCUCAGGCAAAUGUUUGGUCAAUUUGGUAAAAUCUUAGAUGUUGAAAUCAUAUUUAAUGAACGAGGAUCGAAGGGUUUUGGUUUCGUAACUUUCGAAAAUAGUGCCGAUGCGGACAGGGCCAGAGAGAAAUUACACGGCACGGUGGUAGAAGGUCGUAAAAUAGAGGUUAACAAUGCAACAGCACGGGUAAUGACGAAUAAAAAGACCGUCAACCCAUAUGCAAACGGCUGGAAGUUGAAUCCAGUCAUGGGUGCAGUCUACAGCCCAGAAUUCUAUGCAGUGCCAGGCUUCCCAUACCCAGCAGCCACAGCGGCAGCGGCGUACAGAGGGGCACACUUAAGAGGAAGAGGGCGCACCGUUUACAAUACGUUCCGGGCAGCUGCGCCUCCCCCACACAUCCCAGCCUAUGGAGGUGUUGUUUACCAGGAUGGAUUUUAUGGUGCAGAUAUUUAUGGUGGUUAUGCUGCCUACCGAUACACUCAGCCUGCUACUGCUACCGCCGCUGCCUACAGUGACAGUUACGGACGAGUUUAUGCUGCCGACCCCUACAACCACGCACUUGCUCCAGCAGCCGCAUACAGCGUUGGUGCCAUGAAUGCUUUUGCUCCCUUGACUGAUGCCAAGACCAGAAGCCACGCCGACGAUGUGGGUCUCGUUCUUUCUUCUUUGCAGGCUAGUAUAUACCGAGGUGGAUACAGUCGUUUUGCGCCAUACUAAAAAAAAAAAAAAAAAAAAACUUUCAAAACCUAUUGAGAAUCUUCCUGUGGGGGUAACGGAGGAGUAAUUCAGAGGCCUGGGUAUUGCAAUACAUGCAGUAGUGCAUCAUUUUAGCAUCUCUUAAGAGAGAGAAGACAAAAACGGAUAUUUUUCAUCUUAUACCUCAGAUAUUUUGUGCUGUGUAUUUUAAUAUUGUGGGUUUUUAAUUUCUAAAGAUUACAUAGAUUGUUGGCUGUAGAGGUUUCUGUGGUGAUCUAGAGAGCUGCUAGAUUUUAAAAAGAUGAAAAAAAUAAAAUAAAUAAGAUACAAAUUGUUAGGGCUUUAUCAUGUAAAUGAGUUAUGUAUGAUAAAUAUUCAAGUCACUUCGGGGUUAUUAUAUUCUGUAAGGGUAUAAGUGACUAGAGUCGUCCAGUGGUUUCUGCUUCCAUUUGACAUCGCCUUUUGUCUUUCUUUUGGUUUCUUUUGUUUCUGGGUUCUGUGCCGUGGAGGAGGCGUGUGCAGGGGGUUGUGGGUAGGAGUAGAUGCGGGCGUGGUGGGCGAAGGACCGGGGGCUGGCAGUAAAGUCUGUGUAGUUCCCCCGAGUGCAGCGAAGACACAGAGCCGGUCAAAGAGACCACUGAGGUAUCGAUUAUUUAAGCUGUCUCAUAUCAGUCAUUACUCAAAGCCAAAGGUUAUGUUCCUGGGGUGUUCAGUGUGUAUAUUUAGACUAUACAAAGCAGCUCGUAGAAACUCCCCAAAAAUUGACCAUGACAGUAUUUUACUGUUUAACUAUUAUCUAGUCCUUAAGUCAGACCCGCGCUAGUUUAGGCCUACCACGAGAUGUUCUUUUUAUAUUACAGUACUUCCAGUACGUCGAUUGAUAUAAAUGCUGACUUUUAUAAUACGGGAGAGAUGAAACACGGAGAAAAAAAAAAAAAAAAAAAGAACGGCGACA